GGAACCGACACAUCCCUCUGGCCUGCCGCGGCCUCUGCGGGGCUCCUCGCUCCCCCCAUUCCCAGCCGAACGGCUUUCAGGGCCGCCUCCUGGGUGCCGACUCAGAGUCCGGGCCACAGCGGGAAGGGGGAGACCCUGCCUGGCGGCCUUCCCGGAGCUCGCGUUGUGGGGGGGUUCAGCCGGGGUCUAGGGAAGCAAGCGCGCGUUUGAGGGCGAGAGCUCUGGAGAACGCGUGAACGAAGGGGUGAGUCCGUAAGCUGAGGGAGGAGAGUGGAGGGAAAUGGUUGAGGGGCCGGUCUGGCCAUUGAUCCUGGGCCCCGGUGGACAGACCAUCCCAGGAGCAGGCAGGACGCUCCUCUCCUGCCCCCUCCCUCCCCGCGGGGAAGAUCACUUCCUUAUUUCCUUGCCUCGGAGGCCCCUCCAGACGUCUAGACCCCCUAAAGGUGCCCAGAGUCACUUGUCCUUGAAGGCGUGCCCAGGUGUGCGAGGUCGCCCCUUACCCGGGCAGACACCGUUUGCAUACGCAGACCUGCGCGCCGCCGACACACCUCGGAGCUCCCGGAGCGCGCCCGGCUCUCAGGACUCACAGGCAGGUGCCUCGCCGCGCAGACUCGCCGGGCGCGGGGACCGGCUCGGGCGCGGGGCCGGCUGGGGCGGGGCAGCGGUGCUUGUUCCCCGCCGGCCACACCGGCCGCCUUGCGCCCGGCGAGGGGCGUGUGCUCGGGCCCGGAAUCCUUGGGCCCCAUGUUCACGGAGCUGAGGACCAAGCUGAGCCCCCCGCGAGGCCGCGCCGGGGCUGUGCGUGCCGGCUUCGCGGAGCGCCGGGAUGUGGACGCCGCUGCCCAUUUGAGCUUCUGCCGAACCCUCCUGGAACACACGGUGUCUGCCGAGAGCAUCCCCUGCCACCUCCCUCGGACACCAGGCACCAGCCUCACGUGGCAUGAUUCCCGUAGCCAGAGGGCCGCCGGUGGCCGGCCAGUCAAGCUCCUGCAGCAGCCGGGCACGGAAGCCCCCCAGGCCCGGCUGUACUCUGACCACUACGGCCUGUACCACACAAGCCCCUCCCUGGGUGGCCUGACAAGGCCCGUGGUCCUGUGGAGUCAGCAGGACGUGUGCAAGUGGCUCAAGAAGCACUGUCCCCACAACUACCUCGUCUAUGUGGAGGCCUUCUCCCAGCAUGCCAUCACAGGCCGGGCGCUGCUGCGGCUGAACGGGGAGAAGCUGCAGCGGAUGGGGCUGGCGCAGGAGGCCCAGCGGCAAGAGGUGCUGCAGCAGCUGCUGCGUCUGCAGGUGCGCGAGGAGGGGCGGAGCCUGCAGCUGCUCAGCCAAGCCUCCUUCGGAAACACGUCCUAGCCGCUGCGUGAGGCUCGAACCCCAGACCCCAGCACUGUGACCAGAGCCUGUGGCAAGGGCGAUGCAGAGCUGGCCCACAGCCCCUCUCGGACCCCACCAGAGGCGCCAGGGGCUGAGCCCAGCCCAGUGGACAGGUGGGACCAGGAUUGCCAUCUCUGGUUGUGCAUUCUGGGCUGUGAGCAGGUGGGGGCUGCUUGGGUGUGGUCCUUCCUCCGGGGACCUGAGCCCAAAUCCACCCUUGGUGCUGCUGGCAGCAUGUGGGGCAGCUACCUGGAGCCAGAGCAGGGUCUGGUGACCCCCCCCCAGCCUCCCAGGGAGUCUAUUAUUUAUAUUCCCCUAACCCACACCCAUGCCUGUGCCCCUAUUGCCUGCUGAGUCACACUUCCUUUGGGCAUCCUGCCCGCCCCCAGGGCGAGAGGUCUGUCUGUCUGCCCAUUUGUCUAGUUCUCCACCCUAACCCAGCACUUAGAGGAUUGCCGGCACAAGGGGGAUAAACUGUGGAGGCUCCCUUUGGCGCGUGCCCCCCCAUCCAGAUCACAGCAGCCACUGCCGCCAAGAAGGCCCCUGUGAUUUCUGAGACCCUCACCCCACCCCCACCCACUCCCAGGAACCGAAGUGAGAGAGGUCUGGGGACUGCUCAGGCACCCGGGACCUAACUCAGCACCACGAGGGCCCCACAGCCAGGAUUGGGCUCAGUUGGGUUGCAGCCUUAGGUUUGGGAACCUGGCUCCCGCUCCUCCCACAUUGGGGAGCAUGUGUAUUCUCACUGCUCCUUUCCCAGGAAAAUCCGAAUUCACAGAAGAGACAGUCCUGAGGCCUGCAUCCCCCACACCCACCCACCAGAGACCCAGCCAGCGCCUGAGCCACCACUCCAUGGGCCAGGGGGCUCAUGGUUUGGGCCUGGUACUGUCUGGAGAAGGACAGGGAGGGUGGUCCUGAUAGCCCCCCACCCUCUGGCUCCUUUGCCUUUCCCCUCCCUCAGAAACUCUGAAAAUCUCGGGGCCACAUGAGGCUGAGCCUCCAGCCUCUUCUCUGUGCCCUGAGCUGGCCUCCAGGUGGGAGGCUGGUUACAGGAAGCCCCCGUGUCCUGUCUGGCCACCCUGAUUGUCCCAGCCCACCCUGUGCCAUCACAACGUUGUCUUUUCCGGAGGAUCUUUCCUAUCACUGCCCCACCUUCCUCCUUUGUCUUGCCCCCCAUGCCCCCAUGCUCUUGUCUUGUCUUCUUUGUUUUGCGCUUUUUUAUAUUCUGACCAAAAGACCAGAAAUAA